GUUCCAAUAAAACAAACCCACCAGGAUUUUGGAUUGGUUUCGAUGACGCUUUCUAUGCAGUUGCUGGAUAUCAAAUCCUUGCAAAUGGUCGUAUCGUAUAUUCUCAAGACAACGCAAGAGAAGAAGCAUAUAUAA